CCGGCACUGCAGUGCUGAUUGUGAUUGAACGCACACACGCAGGCACGCACAAACACACGCACACAGGAGCGUAGCUGAGAAGCACGUACUGCAGCGGCAUGCAGCAUCUGCGGCUCAACCAUUAAGGGACUGAAGGAAGCAGAUCGCAGGAGGGGAAAAAGAGUGCUGCCCUAGACCAUCCUGCAUGUGCACCUUAGCAGAGGUGAAAAUGAUGCAUUUCCAGAGUGGAUGGCUUAUGCUAUCCAGCUUCUUCUGCACUGCCUCUGCAUCCUGUUCACCCUGCUCCUCCCACUCCAACUCUUCCUCCUCCUCCUCUCUACACCAUCAUUAGACAGGACUACAGAUUGACUGGGACUGGCGAGCUGUGGAUGGUCAGGUUUUACCCCAGCUGAACGAUUCUUCUGUGGUUAUGCUACAUCUGCACCCUGACUGCUGGCAGGAUUGUAACUGAUUUCCGGAGCUAGAAUAUAGCAUCUAAACUUACAAAGAAUCUUGGAUGUGUGUGGUGUUCUAUACCAGUAUUGUCGCUGGUGCAUUUCCUCUUUUUUCUGCUAGUAUUUUUUGCCUUCUCAGAGACUGGCUAGCAGGCACUGCAGCAUCAGGACCGCAAGAUCCAUGAAGCGGUAGGGCAUGAGGACCCUGGGGCUACCCUAAGGAAGGGCUUGAGUACUUCCAUUGGUACCACUGCUGAGCUGAGCGUUUGGGACAGCAGGUGGAAGAGAAGAUGUUAAUGGCCCGAGACACAGCACGGGAUGAGGCUCAAAAGCUACACAGGAAGUGGCUGAAGCACCAGGCCUUUAUGGCAGAGCUGGCCCGCAAUAAGGAAUGGCUGGCCAAGAUAGAACAGGAGGGUCAGGAGCUGAUCCAGGAGAAGCCGGAGCUGCGUUCAGUCGUGCAGCAGAAACUAGAGGAGAUCAGAGAGUGCUGGUCUGACCUGGAGACCACAACAAAGGCCAAGGCCCGCCAGCUCUUUGAAAACAACAAGCCUGAGCCGGCGGUGAAGAGUUACUCCGACCUCGACAACCAGCUCUCUCACCUGGAGCAGCAGCCCCCCCAGCUGGAACAGGCACACCACCUGCCUACCUUCAAUGAGCAGCUCCAGAAAUUCCAGGCGAUCGAGUCUCAGAUAGGGGACUUCUAUAAGGAUGUGGGGGAGCUGGGAAGCUUGCAUGGCCUUAGCCUGCCCCAGCGAGGCCUAAUGGCAGGUGACAAGGAGGUCGGUGAGCAGUCGGGUGAGGUGGAAACCCGCAUUGUUCGCCUUAUUGAACCCUUGAAGGAAAGGCGCCGUAUCCUGCUGGCUUCCAAGGAAAUGCACCAGGUUGCCCAGGAUCUGGAGGAUGAAAUACUGUGGGUCCAAGAAAGGCUUCCUUUAGCAUCAUGUAAGGAUUAUGGGAAUAACCUCCAGAGUGUGCAGCAGCAUGUCAAAAAACACCAGACACUCCAGAGAGAGCUGACAGGGCGACGGGCUCGGAUUGAGGAGGUCUUGGAACGGGCUGCAAUCAUUGCCUCGCUAAGAACUCCUGAGGUGGACUUUGUGCGUGAUGGAGCGGGGCACGUGCACCAGCUGUGGGAGGUUUUGCAGCUGGAGACAGAAAGGCGUUCUGUGAUGCUAGAUGCUGCCCUACAGUCUCACCAGUAUUACAAUGAGGCCACUAAAGUGGAGUCCUGGCUGUCAGGGCAGAAGCUCCAUGUUGCUAAUGAAGAGAAAGGCACGGAUGAGGCAAGCACCCUGCAGCUACUGAAGGCCCACCUGGCUCUGGAGCAAACAGUAGAAACGUAUGCAGAGACAGUAGGCAUGCUCUCUCAGCAAUGCCAGCAAUUACUGGAACUGGGACACCCAGAUAGUGAGCAGAUUACCAAGCAGCAGUCCCACAUAGACAGGCUGUAUGUGUCACUGAAAGACAUGGUGGAGCACAGAAAAACCAAGCUGGAGCAACAGUACUGGCUCUACCAGCUCAACAAGGAAGUUGAGGAGUUAGAGAAAUGGAUCACUGAGCGUGAGGCUGUGGCAAGUUCUACUGAGCUGGGCAACGACCUUGAGGAAGUGACGGUGCUUCAGGAGAGGUUCACCAAGUUUGCCUCAGAAACCAAAAGCAUUGGUGAGCGGCGCAUGGAGCAAGUGAACAAAAUGGUGAACGAGAUGAUUGACUGUGGCCACUCAGAUGCAGCCACCAUCGCUGAGUGGAAAGACGGUCUGAAUGAGUCAUGGGCUGACCUCCUGGAGCUCAUGGAGACCCGCAGGCAGAUGCUGGCAGCAUCCCAACAGCUGCACAAGUUCUUUACUGACUGCAAAGAGGUCUUGGCUCAGAUCACAGGGAAGAUGAAGCAGCUGCCAGAGGUGAGGGCAUGCCAGGCCAACAUCACCAAUCCAGCUACCCUGCAGAGACUCAUGCACUCCUUCGAGCAUGCCCUUCAACUGCUAGUUGCACAGGUGAGGCAACUCCAGGAGAAUGCUGCCCAGCUCAGGACCAUCUAUGCUGGGGAAAAGGCAGAGGCCAUCAUGGUAAAAGAACAGGAAGUAAUGGAAGCUUGGAAGGAGCUGCUGAGUUCUUGUGAGGCUAGUCGCAUCCAGGUCACUUCUGUUACCGACAAGGUGCAGUUCUUCUCAGUGGUGCGUGAAAACCUAAUGUGGAUGGAAGGCAUAAUGGGUCAAAUAAGAUGGGAUGAGCCAAGGGAUCUGACAGCUCUGGAAGUGAUAAUGAAACAACACCAGGAUCUAAAAGCCAAAAUAGAUGGUCGCAGCAAAACCAUCCAACAGUGUGCAGACCUCGGCAAGAUUCUUAUAGCUGCAGGCAACCCUGCAUCGGAGGAGAUAGAAGAGAAGUUGGACAGCCUUCUGACAAAGCAGAAGGAUCUCGUUGAAAAAUGGGACAAACACCAAGAAAGGUUACUACGCAAGCAGGAACACUUCCAGUUCACCCAGGAGACAGUAAAAGCAGAAGCCUGGCUGAAAGCCAAGGAGCCGCUGAUCAGCUCGAAGCAGCAAGAGGGAGAAGAGCCCCAGGCCCAAACAGAUGAGGUUGAGCAGCUCAUACUUCGCCAUGAGGCCUUCCGCAAGGCGGCUGUAACCUGGAAAGAACGCUUCAGCUCCCUCCGCCAGCUUUCUGCUGUAAGAUUUACUGUAGACAAAGGUUUAAUCAUGUUCAGUUUAGCCACAGUUUAACGCUGCUACAGGAAAAAUAUGACCAUGGGAUGCUGUAUUUGCUUAGCAGACAUCUGUACAUGCCAUCAGUUGCAUCAUUAAAUGCAUCCUGUGAUGAAUGCAUGUC